AUAUUUUCUAUUUUUCCAGGAAAAAUUAGAUAGGUCAGUAAAGGCUGAUUUUGAAGACCAAAGAUGGCAUCUGUUGCAGCAUGGUUGCCCUUUGCCAGGGCAGCGGCUAUUGGAUGGGUACCUGUAGCCCAGAAUCCAAUGCCCCCACCGCCUGUGCGCCGUGAGAAUCAUGAUGGAGCCGACGAAAAACUUCGGAUCAAUGUGAGUGGACGUUCUUUUGAAACUUGGAGGAACACUUUGGAAAAAUACCCAGACACACUUCUAGGUUCCAAUGAAAAAGAAUUCUUCUUUGAUGAAGACAGUAAAGAAUACUUCUUUGAUCGUGAUCCUGAUAUUUUCCGACAUAUUCUCACUUAUUUCCGCACAGGAAAACUGCAUUAUCCAAAGCAUGAAUGCAUCAGUGCAUAUGACGAAGAGUUGGCAUUUUUUGGAGUGAUGCCCGAUAUAAUAGGAGAUUGUUGCUAUGAGGAUUAUAAGGACAGAAAACGGGAGAACCAAGAAAGGCUGCUCGAUGACAAAGAUUCGGAAGAUGGAGAUAAUAUUCCACUUACAAAUUUUCGAGAGAAAAUGUGGCGCGCAUUCGAAAAUCCUCACACCAGCACUAUGGCACUGGUAUUUUAUUACGUUACUGGAUUUUUUAUCGCAAUAUCAGUCAUGGCAAAUGUCAUUGAGACAGUUCAAUGUGGAGUGAUUCCUGGAACAAAUGAAAAUCCUCCAUGUGGGGAUCGCUAUGAAAUAGUGUUUUUCUGCUUAGACACAGCUUGCGUGAUGAUCUUUACAACUGAAUACUGGUUGCGGUUAUACGCAGCCCCGGACCGCUGUAAGUUUAUGCGGAGUGUCAUGAGUGUGAUUGAUGUAGUGGCUAUCCUGCCUUACUACAUCGGACUGGGUAUCACGGACAAUGAUGACGUCAGUGGAGCUUUUGUCACACUAAGAGUCUUCAGAGUUUUUAGGAUUUUUAAGUUCUCGCGGCAUUCUCAAGGAUUACGUAUUUUGGGAUAUACCUUGAAAAGUUGUGCCAGUGAGUUGGGAUUUCUCCUGUUUUCGCUAACCAUGGCAAUCAUUAUCUUUGCCACGGUGAUGUUUUAUGCAGAGAAGAAUGUUGAAAACACAAAGUUCACGAGUAUACCCGCUGCAUUCUGGUAUACCAUCGUAACCAUGACAACUCUAGGUUAUGGAGAUAUAGUCCCCGAUACUAUUAUGGGAAAGCUUAUGGGAGGCAUAUGCUCUCUUAGUGGAGUGUUAGUCAUAGCAUUACCUGUGCCUGUCAUUGUGUCCAACUUUAGUCGGAUUUAUCAUCAGAAUCAACGUCAAGAUAAACGCAAAGCACAAAAGAAAGCAAGAUUGGCCAGAAUUCAUAUGGCGAAAAAUGCUAGUGGCGCUGCUUUCGUCAAGUCCAAGAAACGGGCACAAGAACGACAAAGAAUGCGGGAGAGUGGUAUGGAAGUGGAUGCCAAUUCACACGAAGAUGUAUUUGAAUUGCAACAUCACCAUUUAUUAAAUUGUCUUGAAAAAACUACGAGCACUCAGUUUAGGUUGGGUCCAUUUAUGACUGGUGUACUCAGCAAUAAGACACAAGACACUAUUGAGGAGCGUGAGUUUUGUGAUAUGGACAUGAACUACAAUGGUGCCCCUAAUAAGCCAUCAGCAACUCCACCCCUCACUCCCAGCCACUCCAACCAGUCAAUUGACAAAACCACUGGCUGCUGUGCCAAGAGAUUUGGCUUCAAAAAAUACCAGGCUACCCGGACUUCACCCGAGUCAGGCCAGGAUGAUUUGAAUGAUGUACAGAUACGAUUACCUACAAUAAAUCGUCAUUCAAGGUCAAGUCUUAACGCCAUCAACGCAAAUAAUGGGAAUAAGCCCAACAAUACGCAAGUCACAACAGCUAUAGUGACCAUGCCAACUUCUAGUGGUGGCGAGACGGAGCCCAUGCUACCUUUACCAGAUAACACCGGUGGGGGUGGGGAUAUACAUAAUCCUGGGGGACAGAAACCAUUUGCAGAUUCCCCCCAAUCUGAUAGAAUCUCUCAGUUAUGACAGACGUCUAGCCAAUAGGACCCUCUUCUCAAUGAUAGCCUGGGUUCCGACAAGUUUUCUAUUGGUUGGCCAUGCUCAGCACCAUCGGCUCCAUGUAACACCAUCUAUAUAGCCAUAUCUCUUUACCAAUUACCUACUACAUUGUAUAUGGUUUUGUUUAUAUUUGUGUUACUAUGACAACAACAACCACACCACCACCACCACCCCAUGUGUGGAUGUAUUGAAUCAUUCACACUCGACUAUGAGAGUGAAGAUGAUGUGGGAAACUGUCAGUUUUAUGACAGCGAGGACAUGUUUGUGCAGGAAUCUACGAGGCAAAGGAGAGAUAAGAUUCACAAUCUGAAUCUGGAUAAGCCAAGAAUUGGCACAAUUGGAUCAUGUUAAAUGCGCCUUAGGAUAUACAUGGUGUCUAUUCAAAGUUCCCCAGUUUUUGAGCGAGAGUAUUUCAGUAUGCAAACACUGGACAUGAUAGACGCUACAUCAUAAAGCUAUAGAAUCAAAAUGUCACUAUGGCAUAACAUCAACUUUGUACAAAUACUUAGAACAUAUUUUAUCACUGCUUUAAAUUGAUAUGAUCUAUGAAAAUUCUGCCUAUUUUAAGGAUUUGUAACCCAGGGUCCAGCUGGAUAGAAUGUUUCUGGAAACAGGGUUAACCAUUCAAUUUUUAAUGUUUUAUUGAAUCUUAGAUUCUGAAUACACAGGAGGGU